ACCCGGCCUUCUGUCCCUAAACAUCCACACGAUAAAGUGCAUCAAACUGAUGCCAUUACGGAUCCAGACACAUUCUAAAUUAAGUCCUACACAUCUCUUGAGGCUCUCAGCCUCAUCGUUCGUGACUCUUUGUUCGGGGGCCAAUACCACUGGGAAGCGCGACACUGUUCGAAGAUGGCACGGUGAAUGGCCAGUUUGUACAUUCAAUCAUCAAUCCAGGAGGGCUAGUCACGCAACAAUGGCAGACACCAAACCGUUGAGGUAUGCAGACGUCGGCAUUAAUUUAGGAGAUCCAGUGUUUCGAGGAAAAUACCAUGGCAAAAAGGCACACGAAGAUGACCUGGACGAUGUCGUCCAGCGAGCGCUCGACGUUGGCUGUACGAAGCUGAUGAUUACUGGUUCCAAUCUCAAAGAGUCUCGGCAUGCUGUCGAGUUAGCUGAAAAAUAUCCUGGCCAUUGUUAUGCAACUAUUGGAGUCCAUCCUUGCUCAACGCAGGACUUUGACCGUCAUCCAGGCGGUCCCGAUAACAUGAUAAGGGAUCUUCGUGCUCUGGCAGUCGAAGCGAAGCAAAAGGGUCAUGCUGUCGCCUUUGGGGAGAUUGGUCUAGACUACGAUCGACUAUUCCUGUCGCCCAAAGAUGUCCAGCUCAAGUACUUUGAGCUUCAACUUGAUCUGGCCGAAGAACUGCAGUUGCCCCUGUUUCUCCAUUCGAGAGCAGCUGGUGAAGACUUCGAGCGUAUCAUGACGGCUCGCCUGGACAAGCUGCCCAAGAGAGGACUGGUACACAGCUUCACGGGAACGAUACCAGAGUUGGACUCGCUGGUCAAUUUAGGAUUCGAUAUUGGAGUCAAUGGGUGCAGUAUGAAAACGGAGGAAAACUUGGAAGCAGUGAAAGCAGUUCCCCUGGACAGGCUACAGAUCGAGACUGAUGGACCCUGGUGUGAAAUCCGGCCAUCGCAUGCUUCAUCGCAGUAUCUGACAGAUGGACCUGCCGUACCCAAGGCAGUGAAGAAGGAAAAAUGGCAAAAGGGGCUGAUGGUAAAAGGACGGAAUGAACCGGCAACGAUUGUACAGGUUGCACAUGUGGCGGCCAAGGUCAAGGGGAUUUCAGUGGAAGAAUUGUGUGAGGCUGCCUGGAAGAACUCGCUGGGAAUGUUUGGUUUGGGUGAGAGUGAGCAGUCCGGAUUGAGUAAUGGUGCGCGUGAAUAAUGCUAUAUGUCCUGUAGGCUGCAACAGAACACAAAUAUAGAACCAUAGAUCAACCUUGGGGGUGGCGUGGGGAUCAACCAGGAAUGUGGACUCCUCCUGAUGAUUACAGUACCUUAGGUAGAGUCAUAGACAUGAAGAUUACGAAUGCCU